AACAUGGCGGCGGCUGGCACCGGCCGCUGAGGCGGUAACCCGGCGGGGGCUGUUGGGUGUCAUGGGCGGCGACGGCGGCACCGCCCCCGUGUCUCCCUGAGCGGGACGGCAGAGGAGGCGUGGGGCGGGGGGGAGGUGGUCUUCUGUGCCGAGCCGGGCGAUGGACGGGAGCGGCGAGCUGGGCGGUCUGGAGACCAUGGAGACGCUGACGGAGUUGGGCGACGAGCUGACCCUGGGGGACAUCGACGAGAUGCUGCAGUUCGUCAGCAAUCAAGUGGGCGAGUUCCCUGACUUGUUCUCAGAGCCACUCUGCGGCUCCUUCCCCGGCGGUGGCAGUGGCAACGGCAGCGGCAGCGGCAGCGGAGCCGGGAGCGGGGACCCCUCCGGGCAGCGGCCCUUCAGCCAGGUCCCGCUGCCGGCCUUCUCCCCCUCGGCCACCUCCUCGCAGGCUGCGACCCUCCAGGUCAAGGCGCCCGCUGCGUCGGGUCCCACCCAGCCAAGGGCGGCCCCGGUUCUGCAGCCCCGCCCCCAGCCGCAGCCCCCGCCCCCUGCCCCGCUGCCGCCGCAGACCGUCAUGAUCACCUCGACCUUCAGCACCGCUCCGCAGACGAGGAUCAUCCAGCAGCCCGUCAUCUACCAGAAUGCAGCUACCAGCUUUCAAGUCCUUCAGCCUCAAGUCCAGAGCCUAGUGACCUCCUCCCAGGUGCAGCCAGUCGCCAUCCAGCAGCAGGUGCAGACGGUGCAGGCCCAGCGGGUGCUGACGCAGACGGCCAAUGGCACGCUGCAGACCCUGGCCCCGGCUACAGUGCAGACAGUGGCUGCACCCCAGGUGCAGCAGGUCCCGGUCCUGGUACAGCCUCAGAUCAUCAAGACAGACUCCCUUGUCCUGACUACACUGAAGACAGAUGGCAGCCCCGUGAUGGCCGCAGUCCAGAACCCCGCCCUCACUGCCCUCACCACCCCCAUCCAGACAGCCGCCCUGCAAGUUCCGACCCUGGUGGGCAGCAAUGGGACCAUUCUGACCACGAUGCCUGUGAUGAUGGGACAAGAGAAGGUGCCCAUUAAGCAGGUCCCCGGGGGAGUCAAGCAGCUCGAGCCUCCCAAGGAAGGAGAAAGGCGGACGACACACAACAUCAUCGAGAAGCGGUAUCGCUCCUCCAUCAACGACAAAAUCAUUGAGUUGAAGGACCUGGUCAUGGGGACUGAUGCCAAGAUGCACAAGUCUGGCGUUCUGAGGAAGGCCAUCGACUACAUCAAAUACUUGCAGCAGGUCAAUCAUAAACUGCGCCAGGAGAACAUGGUGCUGAAGCUGGCCAAUCAGAAGAGCAAGCUCCUGAAGGGCAUUGACCUGGGCAGCCUGGUGGACAAUGACGUGGACUUGAAGAUAGAUGACUUUAAUCAGAAUGUCCUUCUGAUGUCGCCUCCGGCCUCCGACUCAGGGUCUCAGGCCGGCUUCUCCCCCUACUCCAUCGACUCAGAGCCAGGAAGCCCUCUAUUGGAUGAUGCAAAGGUCAAAGAUGAGCCAGACUCUCCGGUCGCGCUGGGCAUGGUGGACCGCUCCCGCAUCCUGCUGUGUGUCCUCACCUUCCUCUGCCUCUCCUUUAACCCCCUGACUGCUCUGCUGCAGUGGGGGGGUGCCCACGAUGCAGACCAGCACCCGCACUCAGGCCCCGGCCGUAGCAUGCUGUCACUCGAGUCAGGCUCCAGGGGCUGGCUCGACUGGAUGAUGCCAACGCUUCUCCUGUGGCUGGUGAACGGCGUGAUCGUGCUGAGCGUCUUUGUGAAGCUGCUGGUUCACGGGGAGCCAGUGAUCCGGCCGCACUCGCGCUCCUCAGUCACCUUCUGGAGGCACCGGAAGCAGGCGGACCUGGACCUCGCCCGGGGGGACUUUGCGGCUGCCGCGGCCAACCUGCAAACCUGCCUGUCGGUGCUGGGCCGGGCCCUCCCCACCUCCCGCCUGGACCUGGCCUGCAGCCUCUCCUGGAACGUGAUCCGCUACAGCCUGCAGAAGCUGCGCCUGGUGCGCUGGCUGCUCAAGAAGGUCUUCCAGCACCGGCAGGCUGCCCCAGCCACUGCUGCGGGCUUUGAGGAGGAAGCGAAGACCAGCGCCCGGGAUGCAGCCCUGGCCUACCACAGGCUGCACCAGUUGCACAUCACAGGCAAGCUUCCUGUGGGAUCCCCCUGUUCCGACGUGCACAUGGCCUUGUGUGCGGUGAACCUGGCUGAAUGUGCUGAGGAGAAGAUCCCUCCGAGCAUGCUGGUGGAGAUCCACCUGACUGCCGCCAUGGGGCUCAAGACCAGGUGUGGAGGCAAGCUGGGCUUCCUGGCGAGCUAUUUCCUCAGUCGUGCCCAGAGCCUGUGUGGCCCCGAGCGCAGCGCCGUCCCUGACUCACUGCGCUGGCUCUGCCAUCCCCUGGGCCAGAAGUUCUUCAUGGAGCGGAGCUGGUCAGUGAAGUCAGCUGCCAAGGAGAGUCUGUACUGUGCCCAGAGGAACCCAGCCGACCCCAUCGCCCAGGUGCACCAGGCCUUCUGUAAGAACCUGCUGGAGCGAGCAGUGGAGUCCUUGGUAAAGCCUCAGGCCGAGAAGAAAGCUGCAGACCAAGAAGAGGGGAGCUGUGAAUUCUCCAGCGCUCUCGAGUAUCUGAAGUUACUUAACUCUUUUGUGGACUCCGUGGGGACUGUGACCGCCCCCUUCUCCAGCAGCUCUGUGCUCAAGUCGGCCCUUGGCCCAGACGUCGUCUGCAGGUGGUGGACGUCCGCCAUCACCAUGGCCAUCAGCUGGCUCCAGGGAGAUGACGCCGCUGUGCGCACUCACUUCACCGAAGUGGAGCGGGUCCCCCAGGCCCUGGAAGCGACAGAGAGCCCCCUGGUGAAGGCCAUCUUCCACACCUGCAGAGCCAUGCAUGCCUCACUCUCCGGGAAGGCGGACGGGCAGCAGAAUUCUUUCUGCCACUGCGAGAGGGCCAGUGGCCACUUGUGGAGCAGCCUCAACGUCAGUGGGGCAACCUGUGACCCUGACCUUAACCAUGUGGUCCAGCUGCUGACCUGUGACCUGCUCCUGUCGCUGCGGACGACUCUGUGGCAGAAGCAGGCUGGAGCCAGCCAGGCCCUGGGGGAGGCCUACCAUGCGUCGGGCGCUGAGCUGGCUGGCUUCCAGCGGGACCUGGGCAGCCUGCGCAGGCUGGCACACAGCUUCCGCCCGGCCUACCGCAAGGUGUUCCUGCAUGAAGCCACUGUGCGCCUGAUGGCCGGAGCCAGCCCCACCCGCACCCACCAGCUGCUGGAGCACAGCCUGCGACGGCGCACGGCUCAGAAUGCCAAGCAUGGAGAGGCGGACGCCUGGCCCGGGCAACGAGAGCGGGCCACUGCGAUCCUCCUGGCCUGCCGCCACCUCCCCCUCUCCUUCCUGUCCUCCCCGGGCCAGCGCGCCGUGCUGCUGGCCGAGGCUGCCCGCACCCUGGAGAAGGCGGGUGACCGGCGCUCAUGCAGCGACUGCCAGCAGAUGAUCGUCAAGCUGGGGGGCGGCACCGCCAUCGCUGCCUCCUGACCACGGGCUCUGCACCUCAGCCGCCGCCUGGGUGGCUCCCCAGCGCCCUCCAUCUCUGAGUCUCCUCUGUCUCUGAGUCUCUCCCUCCUCCAUCUGUCCCUCCUCCGCUGUCUCCCUCCCUCCUCCUCUGUCCCUGAGUCUCUCCCUCCUCCCUGUCUCUCUCCCUCCUCCUCUGUCUCUGAGUCUCUCCCUUCUCCCUUUGUCUUUCCCUCUUCAUUUUCUCUCAGUCUCUGCUUCCUCCUCUGUCUCUUGUGUCUCUCUCCUCUUCCUGGUGGGAGCUGAGGGAUGAACUUUGGCUUCGGAGCGGUCACCUGCCGAGGCUUCUGGACCACCUCGGGCUAGCGGGCCCCUGGGAGCUGCUGCAGAGAGAGGUCCCAGCCUGGGCCCCAGUGGGCCUGAGCAGGGAAAGACAGGGCGGGCAGGAAAUGGGGGUUCACUGACUUGAAAGUGGCAGGGGGAGCUCCCAGGCUGCCCAGCCCCAUCUCCAGCCCUCCCAAGACUCUCUCCUCUGAAAAUCUCCCGCUCCCCUUCCUGCUUCCUUGUUUUUUUUAUCAGGCUUUCUCUCUGGGGACAUAGAUCUCUGGGCACCGUGCGCUACACCCAUGGCACUGUGCCCGGCACACCCCCCUUUUAUACGAAUGUUUUUAUAUACGUGUGCUUGGGGUUGCCGUGAUGCAAGGCUGAGUUGCUGUGGCAUCUUUAUUUCUCUCCCCAGGUCCGCGUCCCCUCCCCUGUGCCUGACAAAGCGAGUUCAUUGUUUUCUCUUCAUUACACAGGACAGCCUGGGGAGGAGCAAGCCCAGCCCUGGGGAGGUGGGUGGGAGGCAGGGGGCAGGCUUGGGGAUGGGUGAAAUCAUGUUGGCAUUAUUUUUUAAUUUUUUAAAAAAAUAAAUGGUCUUCUUUAAUUGUCCUGUUCCUUCCCACUCCCCCACCCCCUGGGAUGUCAGCCCAGACUCGGGGUAGGCCCCUGGGGGGCUGGGGGAGAGAAAGCCACCCACCAGGACUGAGGACCAGGGACCUUCAGUGUGGGUUCCCCGCUCUCUCGGGCUCCCUCCCACCCCAACUCCUACCUCCACAGUCUAUUUUUAUCCCUAAUUCUUGACCUGAAAAUAAGCCAGGCUGGCAGGGACCAGCCCCUACCCCAUCCCCAGACAAGCCGCUUUUUGAGGUGGGCACAGCGUUGCCCAAGGUGGGCACUAGGAUCGAAGCCCCCUUCCUUGAGGGGGGCCUGUGAGCAAGAGUGGCCCCACUUUUCUGGAUGCCCAGGCUUGGCGUCUACCUGAGGCCAUUUCUCCUGGGGCCUGCGGGGAGGCUGAGGAGCUGCCCUCCUCUGUCCCUGUGCCUCUCGCCCCCUUGGGCUGGUUGGGGCAGAAAGUGGGCAGGGGCCCCAGCACAGACUGAGGGGACAUGCAGCAAGCACUCCCCUCAUGCCGAGAGCAGGCCUCAGCCACAAGCUUGCACCUCAGCCACUUCUCUUCUGCUCCCCCACCGUUACGGCCCCUGCCCCCUGGGUGAGCCAGCCUUUGUGUCGUGUGUAUAUACUGUGCCUUUUCUCGUUAUGGUUUCAGGGUGGGAGGGGGUCGGUUUUUCACUGAAAAGCGGGCUAUGCCUGUGGCUUCCUUGAUGUGGAAUCAUUCACUGAGUCCUGGAUGUAGGUUAUUGAAUAAACACAGAUU